UAUUUUAUUUAAUUGUUGUUAAUGGCUUAAUUAUUAAAUAAUAUCUAUGUAUUUAAAAUAUUUAAUAUAAUAAGUUCAAUUUAUGUUUAUUUGGAGCGCUAGUGAAGUUACUAAGAGACCAGAUUAUGAUUAUAAGACUGAUAUUUAUUUUCUUACCAACAGCAUUAUCUACACCACUUUAAAAGGUGUUAACUGUGAAAUUUUGAUUAUGUGAAUCUUAAAAUUUGUAAUCUAAUGAUUUUGAACAAAAAGUCUGUUAUUAUUUAUUUUGUAAAUUAUUAUUUAAACUAUUUAUAUUUAUUCGAUUGUAAAAUUAUUUACAAUCAACCUUUAAUUUUCAAAAACAAGAUUACCAAUAAAAAUAAGUCAUGUCCCAAAUAUUAAAGGAUAAAUGUUUGGUACGAUUUGAAGAAAAAUGGCCUGAAAUGCGACCAGUUGUUUUAAAACUCUUACAACAAGAACCUGUUACUCAAAAUGAAUGGCAAGAUUUGUUUUAUGCUGUUCAUCUUGUAUGCUUAUGGGAUGAACAAGGUCCAAUAAAAAUGAGACAAGCUUUGAAAACUGAUAUAAUGGAAUUUAUAAAAAAAGCUCAGCAGCGGGUGAUGGCACAUCAAGAAGACCAAGCUUUACUUAAAGCAUAUAUUUUAGAAUGGAGAAAGUUUUUUACACAAUGUAAUUAUCUUCCAACACCAUUUAGACAAUUGGAAAAUGCACUAACUGGAAAGCCUUCUACUGGUAGCAAAAAACCUAAUACUGAUAAGGACUCUGUUGUGAGAAAGCUUAUGUUAGAUAGCUGGAAUCAAAGUAUAUUUAAUGACAUAAAACAAAGACUUCAAGAUUCAGCAAUGAAACUUGUUUAUUUAGAAAGGAAUGGUGAAGCUUUUGACUCUCAAUUAGUUAUAGGUGUACGCGAAUCAUAUGUUAAUCUUUGUUCAAAUCCUGAUGAUAAGCUGUAUAUAUAUCGAGAAUAUUUUGAAAGAGCUUACAUUGAAACAACUGAAUCAUUUUAUAAAGCUAAAGCUCCAGAAUAUUUAGAAAUUAAUGGUGUUCAAAAUUACAUGAAAUAUGCUGAUAUUAAACUUCGUGAAGAAGAAUUACGGGCUCAAAAAUAUUUGGAACCCAGUAGUGGAUCUGUUCAAAUGUUAACUGAUUGUUGUGUUGUUGUUUUGGUUUCAAAUUUUCGCCAUACUAUUUUAGCAGAAUGCACUGAUAUGAUUAAGAGCAAUGAUACAGAAAAAUUACAACUGUUAUUUAAACUUAUGGAUCGUGUACCUGAUGGUAUUUUAAAAAUGUUAAAAGACUUAGAAGAUUAUAUUGUUAGUGCUGGUCUUGCAGAUAUGAUGUCAUCAGCUGACAUAAUUACCCAAGAUUCUGAAAAAUAUGUAGAACAACUUCUUUCACUUUUUCAUAAAUUUAGUAAUUUAGUACAAGAAGCUUUUAAUGAUGAUCCAAGAUUUCUAACUGCAAGAGAUAAAGCUUACAAACAAGUGGUUAAUGAUACCACAGUAUUUCGUUUAGAACUCCCAACAAAACAGAAUUCAACUGUUAAAUGUCAGCCUGAAUCAAAGUGUCCUGAGUUGUUAGCAAAUUAUUGUGAUAUGUUGUUAAGAAAAACGCCUCUAAGCAAAAGAUUAACAGCUGAUGAAAUUGAAACUAAAUUAAAAGAUGUGUUACUAGUGUUAAAGUAUGUUCAAAAUAAAGAUGUUUUCAUGCGAUUUCACAAAGCACAUUUAACUCGAAGGUUAAUAUUAGAUACCUCAGCUGAUUCAGAAAAAGAAGAAAAUAUGGUUGAAUGGUUAAGAGAAGUUGGAAUGCCAGCAGAUUAUGUUAAUAAGUUAGCAAGAAUGUUCCAAGAUAUAAAAGUCAGUGAAGAUUUAAAUCAACAGUUUAAAGAAACUUAUAGGAAUCUUAAAGGAAGUAUUGCUGAUUCAAUUAAUAUAAAAAUAUUAAAUGCUGGAGCAUGGUCUCGAGGAAGUGAAAGAGUAACAGUUUCUCUUCCAAUGGAGUUAGAAGAUUAUAUACCUGAAGUAGAAGAUUUUUAUAGAAAAAAACACAGUGGACGUAAACUUCAAUGGUACCAUCAUAUGUCUAACGGAACAAUAACAUUUACUAACGAAAUUGGACGUUUUGAUGUUGAUGUCACAACAUUUCAAAUGGCUGUAUUAUUUGCUUGGAAUCAAAGACCAAAAGACAAAAUUUCUUAUGAAAAUCUUAGGCUUGCUACAGAAUUACCUGAUCCAGAACUUCGGAGAACAUUAUGGUCUUUAGUUGCUUUUCCUAAGUUAAAAAAGCAGGUUGUAUUAGUGUCACCUGAAGUACCAUCUCCUAAAGAGUUCAAUGAAAAUACAACUUUUUGGAUAAAUGAACAAUUUUCAAUUGUAAAGAAUGGUAAACUUCAAAAAAGAGGGAAAAUUAAUUUGAUUGGUAGAUUACAACUAUCAACUGAGCGUAGCAAGGAAGAAGAUAAUGAAUGUAUUGUUCAGCUUAGGAUAUUAAGAGUUCAAGAAGCAAUAAUUAAGAUUCUAAAAAUGCGUAAACAAAUAUCAAAUUGGAAACUUCAAACUGAAUUAGUAGACAUAUUGAAGAACAUGUUUUUACCUAGCAAAAAAAUGAUAAAAGAACAAAUUGAAUGGUUAAUUGAGCAUAAAUAUAUGAAACGAGAUGAAGAUGAUAUAAAUAAUUUUGUGUACAUAGCAUAAUUGUCAUUCUUUACUUAAUAUGGUACCAUACUUUCUGUGAUACUACAUUAGACUUUUGUGUAAAUUUACAUAACUGUUAAUGUUUGUUUUCAGUGUUAAUUAUAUAUAUAUUUUUAAUUACUUUAGGAAUAAUCUUGUCAAAGUAUUUUGUAUGUAAUUAUAUAUUUUUAUGUACAAGAAAGUAAGCAUAUAAGUUGUAGAUAAUUAUAAUAAAAUAUUAUGAUCAAUCUA